AUGGCUUCAGAGACUCCCACGGCUGUCGUGCAGCGGGGUAACGACUUGGUGAUCGAAGAGAUUGAACUGCCCGCAUUGAAAGAGCAUCAAGUUUGUGUCAAGGUUGAGUGCGCAGCGUUCAACCCGACAGAUAGGCUUGCUUUUGAUCUGAAUGCAUUCGGCGAUGGAGCUGUCCUAGGUUGCGAUUUCACCGGCGUUGUGAUCCGCACGCAUCCUAGUGUCACGAAGUUGGUGCCUGGUGACAGAAUUGCCGCUUUGGUCUGGGGCGGAGAGAUCAAGGGGUUAGGGGCGUACUCUACAUAUUCCAUUGCAGAUGAGCGCAUCUCAUACAAAGUCCCAGCCUCAAUCAACAACGACCAAGCUACCGCUAUCCCACUGGCGGCCAAUACUGCCUGGCUUGCUUUGUUUUCUUCCGAUUGUUUGGCAAUUACCCAGGACCCUUCGGUCCCGACGCCUCAUCUCCUCAUUUGGGGUGCAAGUUCUGCCGUUGGAUAUUAUGCUAUUCAGAUCGCUCGGCUCCACGGAAUUGUCGUUUCAACCACUUGUAGCCCGCAGAACUUUGAACAGGCAAAGGAAGCUGGCGCUACCCACGUCUUCGACUAUCAUGACGACGACGUUGUCUCCAAGCUUCAGGCCGCCCUACCUCAGAUAACCCACAUUUUCGAUACCAUAGGCAAUCCUACCUCAUCAGCGACUGCAGCUCGAGUAAUUGGGACUCGCCCGGGAGCCUUGUGCACUGUCCGACCCAACAAAGGUCAUACAGAAGAUGUUCCACAAAACAUCAAAGUGACGGACGUCUUUGUGUUCUCAGCAUUUCCUACGCCGCACACAUACCGUGGCUUGAAACAUUGGCCCCCCCACAUGGAGAACUAUCAGCUCAGCGCAGCGCUGUAUGAUAGACUGCCUACGCUGAUCGGUGAUGGGUCUUUAAAGCCAAUCCAGACCACAAACCUUGGAGAUCUCAGUCCUAUUAGUGUUAGGCGGGCCAUGGAUAUGAACCGGGCUGGACAGGUCUCAGCCCGGAAGCUGUGUUUCCAGGUUGGCAAAGCACUGGCUAAGAUAAUUUGA